AUGCCGCGUCUCUCAGGCGGCGCAGCGUUCCCACGCAAGCAACCACGUACGCCGCACCGCGCAAUGGGCUGCCUUCACUACGGACAUUCAUGCCUGGGAGCUCAUGGUAAACGCAGUGCAUCCAGCGAAGAAGAUUGGGCCACUCGCUUCGUAGAGUAUCUCGAUUCCCUGGGUCAACCGCCUUAUUCCAAGCCUAUUGUGCGCACGAGUCAAUCACAACCUAUUCGACCAAUUACAAUGCUGAAGGUGCGACCAGUAACUGUUGCUCAUUCAUUCCAACGACCAUCUAUGAAGCUUAAGCAAAAUCCGGUAUACGACUUAAUACCGAACGGCUACACUGUUAAGCGACCAUACCAACUGCCGUUUACUUUAAAGAACUUGGCACGAGUCGGACUGCCUGCUGAAACUGACGGGACAUCGUUGAAUGCCAUCCAGAGGUCCAGCGCUGAAGAAAUCUAUCAGGACGAUGAUGCUAAAUUCGGUUUCUCGCCAGGUCAACUCGCACGUAAUCUGCGAUCACCUGAUGGGAAAAAUAAACUACUCCAGGAAGAGUCCAUGAGAAACGAUGAAAAUGGAAUGAGCAGCGAACAGCUCGAUUUCGCUACACCCAAUCAAUUUACUGAAAGCAUAAUUUUGGAUCGUCCUUUUUUGCUUAAGCGAUUGUUGAAUGUUCUCAUUGACCGAGAAGCUCUUGGAGAUCGGCCCGAGCAAGCCGGGUUGGAGAAAUCGGAGCGGGAAGAUGGCAAGCAAAGCAAAACGGAAUGGAGUAUUGGUUCCAAGAACACGAUGGGAAAUUUAUUAUCCUUGUUCGGCGGGCAUCCCGCUACACAAGAAAGCCGCUCCACCUACAAUGGG